AUGACUGCGCCCGAAAUUGCGCAUACGGAUGGCGCCAAGCUGUCCGUCCUUCGAGGCUACGACACUUCACAUCUCAUCGUCGACGAGACAUGGGCAAAGCAAAACUCGGGCGAAGUCGAGUUUCCAAAAUCCAAGGCCAUCGCUGCUCGAGAUGCCAUCGCCGAGUGCGGACGGACAUAUCACGGUUACAACGCCGGCUCUUACUAUCUACCAAAUGAUCCUGAGGAACACGAACGGCUGGAUCACCAACACCGCAUGGUACGCCUAAUCCAACAAGGAAAGCUGGGUCUUGCACCCGUGCAGAACCCCAAAGAUGUUGUCGAUGUCUGCACCGGCACCGGCAUCUGGGCCACAGAAUAUGCCACCGAGCAUCCCGACUGCACGGUCCUGGGAAGCGAUCUGAGCGCUAUCCAACCACGUGAAGGCGUUCCCAACUGCACAUUCAUCCAGCACGAUGUCGAGAAGCAGGACUGGGACUAUGGCCGCAAGUUUGAUUAUGCUUAUUUCCGCUACAUGGUGACGUGCUUUGAUGACAUGCCCGCGGUGCUCCGCAAGGCGCGCGACAACCUGCACGAGGGCGGCUACAUUGAAAUCUUUGACACGCCCAUCCAGGCCCUGAGCCUCGACGGCAGCAUCGACGGAACGGCGCUCGAGGAAUGGGGCGAGGUCGGCCGUGCUGCCGGGCGCAAGCUCGGCCGCGACAUGGCCAAGCCGAGGCAGUACAAGCGCUGGCUCGAAGAGGCCGGCUUCGUCGACGUGGUGGAGACCAUCAUUCCCGCGCCAGUGAAUGAGUGGUGCAAGGACGAGCGUCAAAAGGAGAUUGGCCGCUUCAUGUUUCACGACUUCUACGCUCUGGUGGGUGGUCUCAAGAAGCUGGUCCUCGCCGCGGGCUACACAUCGGACGAGGCCGACGACUUUUUGCGUCGUAUCCGCAAAACUCUCGAGGACCCCAACGUGCACGCAUACUAUGAAAAGUACAUCGUCUAUGGCCGCAAGCCCCGUGCAGACGAAGUUCCUGUCAAGCUUCCCAAGGAGGAGGCGGAGAAGGAAAGCACAGAGACCAUCAAGGACGAGAAGGCGCUCAGCUUCAGCGGCAUGAUCAUGUCCUCGCUGGUCAUGUGCAAAGAGUCUCUGCGCAUGACACUUAGAAACAGGCUCGGUUUGGAAAUUUAA